UCUAACUUAUUUUGCUUUGAAAAACAGUCUUGGUGCAGGAGUGAGCUGAACGUUUAUGUUUGUGACGUAAAUAGGAAAUUAUCUGUAACUCGCAUCUCUGAAUUUCUUUUCCUUUCCCAUCUUGUAGGAGAAGCUUUGAGCCACCUAAAGACCAGAUAAGGUCUCCACUCUCAUGAUUUUUCUUAUCUGCUUUUCCUGGAGCCAUGGAUGAAUACAACCGCUUUGUGGAUUGGGAGAAAAUGGACGUGACUGUCCAGAGCCAAGAUGCAAAGGAGCUGAGCUGCUCCGAAUUCCAGGAGCUCAAGCAGCUGGCUCGGCAGGGCUACUGGGCCAAGAGCCACUCUUUGAGAGCCAAGGUGUACCACAAACUAAUCAACAAUAUUCCGUGCCGCACGGUGACUCCGGAUGCAAACGUGUACCGGGACAUUGUGGUAAAGAUCAUCGGAAAGCGGAGCAGCAGCUCCCUUCCGCUGCCGGAGUUCGUGGAUAACAGCCUGGUUCCCACUUACUGCUUGAACGCCGAAGGCAUCGGGGCGGUCAGGAAGAUUAUCCUGUGCGUCGCAAACCAGUUCCCGGACAUCUCCUUCUGUCCGGCGCUGCCCUCCGUGACAGCCCUGCUCCUGCACUACAGCAGGGACGAGGCCGAGUGCUUYGAGAAGGUUUGUCGCAUCCUCGCUUGCAACGACCCCUCCAAGCGCCUCAUUGACCAGACCUUCUUAGCUUUCGAGUCCUCCUGCAUGACCUUUGGUGAUCUGGUCAACAAGUACUGCCAGGCGGCGCACAAGCUGAUGGUGGCCGUGUCUGAGGAUGUCUUGGAGGUCUACUCUGACUGGCAGCGCUGGCUCUUYGGAGAGCUGCCCAUGGUCUACAUUGCUCGUGUCUUUGACGUGUUUCUGGUGGAGGGCUACAAGGUUCUCUACCGUGUUGCACUGGCUCUUCUGAAGUUUUUUCACAAAGUCCGAGCCGGGCAGCCCAAGGAGUCGGACAACAUCCAGCAGGAUAUUCGGUCCUUUGUGAGAGAUAUUGCCAAGUCGGUCACCCCCGAGCGGCUUUUGGAAAAAGCUUUUGCAAUCCGGCUCUUCUCCCGGAAGGAGAUCCAGCUCCUGCAGAUGGCCAACGAGAAGGCCCUACAGCAGAAGGGCAUCACAGUCAAGCAGAAGAGUGUUACAUCUUAUAAAAGGCAGAACGUGCACCUCGCAGUUCAUGCUGAGAACUUCAAGUCUGAAAUAGUGAGUGUGAAAGAGAUGCGAGAUAUCUGGUCCUGGAUCCCGGAACGCUUUGCGCUUUGCCAGCCCCUCCUGCUUUUCACCACCUUGGAACAUGGCUGUAGCCUAAACAGGUUCUACUCGCACAGUGAAGGGCACGAACCGACUCUUCUCCUCAUCAAGACAACAGCAAAAGAGGUCUGCGGGGCUUUUCUGUCMACUGAUUGGAGCGAGCGCAGGCGAGGAGGGAACAAGCUGAGUUUCUUUGGGACAGGGGAGUGCUUUGUGUUUAGGCUACAGCCUGAAGUGGAACGCUAUGAAUGGGUGAUAAUAAAACAUCCCGAACUAGCCAUGAGUGUUUCCGAGCCGGAAAAUCAUGCUUCCGGGUCUUCCAGUACUCUUUCCUCGCAUACUGUCCCAGAAGAUCCCUCGGAUCGCCUUUCUCCCUUCUUAUCUGCUCGGCACUUCAACUUGCCUUCCAAAACAGCCUCCAUGUUCAUGGCUGGCAGCAGCGAAUGCAUCAUUAUAGGAGGUGGUGAUGGCCAGGCCCUCUACCUUGAUGCAGAUCUGAACCAUGGAAGGACAAGUCACUGCGAUACUUUCAAUAAUCAGCCACUGUGCUCUGAAAGUUUCCAGAUCUCUGUCCUGGAGGUGUGGGGCUUCAGGGACACCAUGAAUGGCUGAUACGACUAUCAACAAACAACUAGUUUUUCAGGUGUCUUAGGACUCCCAAGACAAAUUCUAAUGCAGGAGCCAGGUUAGGAUGUAAUUUCCACUGGGCUCAGUAUUGUUUAGUAAUUACUAAGCUGCACACUUGAAUGCAGGGCUUAGUUGUUUACUCUUUUAUUUAAGACAGGUCAAAGAUGAAGUAGUGCAUCUGGUUAACUCCUUAGCUCUUUACCUCUGCAGAUCUGGACUCAGAUCUUGAUCCUGGAUAAAAAUGGAACUGUAAUUAUCUCAAACCAUCCUAAAUGGACACAAAUCCAUAUCAUAGUGUAACUUUGCAGUUCAAUGCAAGUCCUCAGAGGCACRGAGCUUGCUGAGGUGUACUGUAGAGCUGUGUGCCCCUGGCACCAGUGUCUGGCUGGCAUGAGCCAGCAACACCAAAUUUUCACUCACAAGAGCAUUGAAAAUCCCAGAUAUCACAAAAGGCACUGCAAAAAUCACUGCCCUACUGUAGAUGGACUUGUGCAAACAAAUUGUAAGUUAAUAUCAGUACCGUUUCRUGAGUAAGCUCUGAAAGCAUUCAGUUCAGAAAAGAAACCAUGGUUGCUGAAUACCCUUCUGCUAGUAGCUCAACCCUUGGCACAUUCCAAUUGCAUCUGCUUGAGGAGUUKGCCUCUAAGAAGAAGGCAUCUGAACCGGACAAGGAUAUCUCAGAGGGUUAAUUUUGUUUACAUUCCUAUUCCAUAUCAGUAUAAUGACUUCAGACUGAUUCUUGUUUCAGCUGAAACCCAGUAGCUCAGACACUUCCCUUUCUUCAUCUUUCCUGGAAGACAAAACAGACUUCAAAUGUGAGAAUAACAGCUGUGCUGAUAGCAGUAAAUUAGCCAUUGGGGGAAUUAGUCAUUGGGAUACAAAAAUAAUGCAAUAUCCACAAGUAAAUGGAGGGAGGUGAAAGAAGCAUCUUCUGAGUAAUACUGUUCUGGGAGAGGACUCRUUUUCCAAGGGAAACUCUAGGUGACACUAUUUCUCCCAUGUGAGUCUUCCCAGUGAUGACAGUCUUGAAAAAGGGAACAUUCCUGCCUAGGGUAACUUCUGGUAGAGCUUGGAGGAGGCAGAGAGGUUGUUUUUCAUUCCUGAGAACCUGUGCAGUUCUCUUGUGCAGGCCUGCUUUGUCCUCUGUGCUAACUGAGCGUGGUUCUCCAGCAUCUGUCUCUAAAACUUGCUGUGUCUGGCUGUGCAACUUCUCCCAYGUGAAGCAUAAACAUCCAGUCGAURGUCCAGAGUGUAACACUGAAAGCUUCCAAAACUUCAGUGCAUGGCUCAAUAGUAAAAAGAUUUGCCCCUAUAGAUGAAAUAAGGGUAAAGAGAUUUUUUUUUCAGCAAUUCAAUUUAAACAAUUGCACUAGAGUGGGGCAAUACUAUUUCUGCUUAAACGUCAAGCUUAUAAAAGGGGCUUAAAAAGAAGCUUAAAAAUUUUGGUGAUAAAAUCUCAGCUAGGUUGGACAGGGCCAGGUUAAUAUUCAGUCAUCACAGGUAAGUUUAAUUGAUAACUUGUUCAGGUUGCCAGCAAAAAAAAAACGUGUCAUGGUACACUUGCUUCUUGGAAAGCAUAUGAACAAAUCUGGAAUUUCUUUGUCAGGUGCCAUUCUGAAAAAAAAAAAUCCAAACUAACUGCUUGAAAUAUUGGGCUAUAUGUGCAAUUUUUUUAGAUGUAUUUUGCACUAUUUACGUUUGCAAUUAGGUUAUUUCGCAGUACCUGAAAGUCAGCACUGACCUCCCUUUCUU